UUUUCUACAAUAACGCGGAGCUGUCUCUGACUCAAGAUAUCAACACCAUCUUCAAGAGUUGCCCAGUGUCCGCCGCGUUGCAUUAUGGAUUGUUAAGGUGCGCAAUGCACCAUGGUAGAACACAUGUCAGAGAUCCGCCAUCUUGUAUUAAAUGUGGAAGACCACGAGUCUGUUUCUUUUUGCUUCGUUCCUUGCCGAACACCACAUUCUGGCGACGAGGAUGGGAUCAACAACUGGAUAAACACAUACUGAAGUUAAAUCUGUCAAAAAAAAGCCGGUAUGGCCGUCUGUUUAUCAGGAUUACCAACGCCAAAAGCCUUCGACUGCAUUGGCGAACCAGCCACGCUGGAACAAAGAUGGACAAUCUGGAAGUUCGAAUUUGAGCUCUACUGCACUGCAUCUGGCAUCAAAGACUCGAAACAACAACGAGCAAUACUUCUUCACCUAGCAGGAGCUGGAAUACGAGAAAUUUUUCACGCUUUUACGGCUGAACAACAGGGGGAGGACUAUAAAACAGCCAUGGACUCCCUCACUCAACACUUCAAACUCAAGAAAAACGUACCGAUGGCCAGGCAAGCCUUCUUGACAGCGGUACCAAAACCCGGUGAGAGGAUUCAUCAAUUUGCAAUUAGACUGCAAACCCUUUGCGAACACUGCGAGUACAACGACCAAAAGGACAGUCAAAUUCGAGAUAGAAUUUUGACCUUCAUAUUGGAUAAACCCCUCAAAGCAAAACUCUUUCGUGAGGAAGGUCUGACUCUCAGCAAGCUCCUGGAAAUUGUCAACACGUACCAUGACAAAGAAGCACUAGUUCUUGUGCCAGAUCAAGGUGGUGUUAACCAAUUGAGAGUACAACAGAAGCCUGACAGUGCUGGUCCCAAGUUUGAUGGCAGAUGUCAUCGUUGCAAUAAGCAGGGUCAUAAAGCUGCUGACUGCAGAUGUAGCAAAAAUCACCAAUGUGAAAAAUGUGGGAAAAUUGGACAUUUCAAGGUCUGCUGCAAAUCAAAGCAGACAUCUGGAAAAGCAAAGUCUGCAAGUGGACCAAAAUCAAAGGGCAGGAAGCCAUCUCAUGUAAGACAACUGGAAGCUGUUGAUGUUCAAGAAACUGAUAGCGAAGAGGAAGAAGAUGUUUUUAAUGUAUUCUGCACGCACACAGAGUCACCGCCUGGUACUAUGGAGAUAUCUAUUGGAGGUGUUAUACAGAAUGUCAUCAUUGAUUCGGGUGCAAGCUGUAACCUUAUGUCAGAAAGGACAUUCAAUGACUUAUCAAAAGGAGACAUUGUUUUGAAGCCAAGUAGCAAGCAAAUUUUUGCAUAUUCGUCUAGUGAUGCUUUAAAUCUUAAGGGUAGUUGUAUGCUUAAUGUGCAGGUACCAGAAACAAAUGUGGAUAAGCGCGCAAAGUUUUUCAUUGUCUCUGGAAAAGCGUCAACUUUGUUAGGUCGUGAAUUAUCUGAAGCUCUAGGCAUACUCAAAGUAGGAGUUCAGGUUAAUAGUUGUAGCUCAGAUUUCUCAGCUAUAAAUACUCAGUUAAACAGCAAAGCAGCGCUUAAGGCCAAAUUUCCUAAUGUUUUUCAUGGUUUGGGCAAGCUUAAAGGUUUUAAACUCAAGUUACAUAUUGAUCAGAAUAUUAAGCCAGUAGCACAACCAUUGCGUAGGAUUCCUUUUAGUCGCAGGCAGAAGGUCGCUGACAAGUUAGAGGAACUUGAGAAGCUUGGUGUGGUGGAAAAGGUAAACAGUCCUACAAGUUGGAUCAAUCCCCUUGGGGCAGUCGAAAAGCCAAAUGGAGAUGUUCGCAUUUGUUUGGACAUGCGCCAGGCCAAUCAGGCUAUCUUAAGAGAAAGACACCCAGUACCUACUAUGCAAGAAACCCUACAAGAAAUCUCAGAUGCAAAGAUUUUCACCAAAUUGGAUUUAAACAUGGCUUUCCAUCAAAUCGAGUUAUCCCCAGAGUCCCGAGACAUAACUACUUUCGCAGCGCCAACAGGUUUAUAUCGCUACUGUCGAUUGCUCUUCGGUGUGAACAUGGCUACCGAGAAGUUCCAGAACCUGAUAUGGCAAGUUUUGAAAGACUGCCCUGGAGCCUUCAACAUGCAUGACGACAUUCUUAUAGUGGGUAGGAACCAAAAGGAGCAUGACGAGAACCUGGAAAGAGCUGUCCAAAAGCUGCAAGACAGCGGGCUCACCCUCAACUAUGAGAAAUGUGUGGUAGGAGCCUCGAGUAUGGAUUUCAUGGGAGACACCAUUUCUGCAGAUGGUCUUAAGUUAUCUGACAAAAGAGUCGAAGCAAUUGUCGAGGCACCUGCACCAACCAACCAAUCAGAGGUGAGAAGUUUCCUUGGUUCUGCUCAAUUUUGUGCCAAAUUCAUUCCACAGUUUGCAACCAUUUCUGCUCCCCUGUGGGAUCUUACCAGUAAAAAUGCUAAAUGGAAAUGGGGUGCCAAAGAGGCAGAAUCAUUUGCACAAAUUAAGCACUUGCUAACAUGUGCACCAGUCAUGUCUUAUUUUACACAGGGAGCCCAGACCAGGAUUAUCACUGACGCCUCACCAGUUGGCCUGGGGGCCAUACUAGAGCAAAGACAACCUGGUGAUGGUCAAUUUCGACCAGUGUACUACGCAAGUCGUAAGCUUAGUAAGGUUGAACAGCGCUACUCACAGUUCGAGCGAGAGGCCCUUGCUGUCAAAUGGGCCUGUGAGAAAUUUCACAUGUUCCUUUAUGGAACCCAUUUUGAAAUACUAACUGAUCACAAACCCUUAAUUUCAGUCCUAGGUCCAAAGUCUAAACCCCCGUCUGCUAGGAUUGAACGCUGGCUGUUGUACCUUCAGCAAUUCAGCUAUGUGGUCAGGCACAUUUCCGGAAAGGAAAAUUCAGCCGACGCCCUGAGUCGUUUACCAGUUGGUCCAGUACAGACAGCUGAUUCUAAAGCAACCAGCGAGUAUGUGUUUAGCACUGCAAAGGCCGCAGUACCUGUCGCCAUGACCCCAAAGCAUGUAGAGGUUGUUUCAGAGAAGGACCCAACCCUUAUUCUGGUACGCGAAGCAAUUAGAAGUGGAGACUUCACCCGCCUCACAGGUACCUUGUACAAAGCAGUGUCAAAGGAGUUGUGGAUUGCCGGACAAUUAGUGAUGCGUGGAAACCGAAUUGUGCUACCAGAAUCCCUAUGGAAGCAAGCAAUUAUUUUAGCUCAUGAGGGACACCAAGGAAUGGUGCGCACAAAAUCCCGCCUGCGAAGCAAACUAUGGUGGCCGCAGAUGGAUGCACAGGCUGAACAGUUCAUCAAGGCCUGCUACCCCUGCCAGCUAGUUGGACCACGUGGCAAACCGGAACCUGUUCGAUCAACAGAACUACCUGAAGAACCAUGGGAGGACCUCGCCACAGAUUUGACUGAGAUACCUGGAGGAAACCACUUGCUGGUAGUUGUGGAUAACUACUCCAGAUGGCCAGAGGUAGUACUCCUUAAGAAAACCGAUGCGCCACAUGUCAUCACAGCAUUGGAGGGAAUAUUCAGAACACAUGGCAUACCAUACACGGUUCGCAGCGACAACGGACCGCCCUUUGCCUCGAAAGAAUUUGAGAAUUUCUUAGAGUUCUUAGGCAUAGAACAUAAGAAAGGAAUUCCAUAUUGGCCACAGAGCAACGGCGAAGUGGAACGAUGUAACAGAACAAUUCUUAAAGUGAUUCGGAUAGCAAACUUGCAAGGAAAUGAUUGGAAGAAAGCGCUUGAUGAUUUCCUCUUUCAGUAUCGCACAACAAACCAUGCCGCAACUGGAUGCUCGCCAGCCGAACUCCUAAUGGGAAGGCAGCUCCGAGACAAGCUACCUAGUGUAAAGAUUCCGAAGGAUAGAGCGACAGAGUCAGAGUGGCAACACAAACUUAGAGACAGAGACGCUCUAUCAAAACUCAGACAGAAAGAGUAUGCUGAUGCUAGAAGACAUGCUGAGCCAAGUGGAAUUGAUGAAGGCGAUGAAGUACUGCUGCGACAGACUCGCCGCGAGAACAAACUCUCUCCAGUUUUUGAGCCUGAAGCUUACAAGGUUUUGCAGAAGACAGGUAAUGCAGUUGUACUGGAGGAUUCUGAUGGAAAUAGGAAGAUGAGGAAUGUAGCACAAAUGAAGAAGUUCAUCAAACCACAGGAAGCAGUCGCCGCAGACAUGCUGCCUACUCCACCUGAAAUCGCGCAGGAACACCAAACCGCACCUGAGACCCAGAACCAGUCCACACUUGAUUGUACAGCUGAAAUGCCAGCGUCUCCUGGUUCUCUAGCCAAUCAGCGACCUGCGCGCACUAGGCAACAACCUGUUCGCUUUAAGGAUUAUGUGCUACAAUAAGUUUUGUUAGUUUUAUUUUUCUUUUCAGUUUUACAUACAUGCGUAGGACCCCUACUAUAGCUGUUAUAGUUAUUUAGCUCCUAGUAUGGACUUUAAUGCUAAGUAAGGGGGGGAUGUAGUGUCCGCCGCGUUGCAUUAUGGAUUGUUAAGGUGCGCAAUGCACCAUGGUAGAACACAUGUCAGAGAUCCGCCAUCUUGUAUUAAAUGUGGAAGACCACGA